AUGUCCGGACCAGGUGUCGGCCACGAAUUCCCUGCCCAGGAAGUCUCCUGGCUCAAACGCGAUGUCCUACUCUUCGCCAACAGCAUCGGCAUCACCGCCGAGGAGCUGCAUUUUCUCUACGAACUUCACCCGAACUUCGCCGUUUUCCCAACCUACCCUAUCAUCCUACCCUUCAAAUUAACAGACCAGGAAGUCACCGACUUCUAUGCGCGCCAAAAAUCCCACCCCGUGCCGGGGAUCCCCGCCUUCGACCCCAAACGCGCCGUCGACGGCCAGCGCAAAAUCACCGUCUUGAAGCCCCUCCCUGCGACGAGCGCUGGCCGACGCUUCGAGCUGCGGAGUAAGGUCCUCGGGGUUUAUGACAAGGGGAAGGCGGGAAGUGUCAUGGAGAGUGAACAGACGAUUGUGGAUGCUGGAUCUGGGGAGGUUUUUUCGAAGGUUGUGAGUAGUGGGUUUUUUGUGGGUCAGGGGAAUUGGGGAGGUCCGAAGGGACCCAGCACGCCUAGCUAUCCACCCCCCGAGGGCAAAAAACCCGAUGCCGUGCAUACGAUCCAGACGACGGCAGAGACGGCGCAGUUGUAUCGCCUAAACGGCGACUACAACCCCCUCCACGCAACCCCCGAACCCGGUCAGAAAAUGGGUUUCGGCGGCGUGAUCAUCCACGGGCUAUUCAGCUGGAACGCGACGGCGCAUGCCGUGCUCAAGGCCUUUGGAGAUAGUGAUCCGAAUAAUUUCAAGGAGUUUCAGGCGAGAUUCGCUUCCCCGGUCAAGCCUGGGGAUCGGCUUGUUACGGAGAUGUGGCGCACGGGUGAGGCGCAGGAUGGGUUUGAGGAGGUGAGGUUUGUGACGAAGAAUGGGAGUGGGAAGGCGGUGUUGACUAAUGGGAGGGCGUUGGUUAGGGUUGUUUCUGGUGGGGAGGGGAAGGCGAGGUUGUAG